AUGGAGUGGGAUACGGUUGAGGGUGCUGGGUUGCUGCAGCAGUUUGAAAGUUCAAUUAUUACCGCACUGUUAUCAGUUUCAGCGUCACUCGAGUCUUCUACGAAUCCACCCGUUGCAGUGGGUGCCACGUCCACAUACUUCCAUCGAAGGCCCUCAGAAAAGCGAAGGUGCAUUGCACAUUCAGACGGUCACAUUUCCGAGGACUGCCCCGAUCCAAAAUCUUCAUCGAAAUCAAAAGUACCAAAUUUACUUGUUGCAGAGACGCAAUGUGAUAUGGGCAUAUGUGAUAGCGACGGUUCGUCCCUCACUAGCACACUUACUAGAGGUAUUGUGAAUGAAGCUGUAAAUAGGUCAUCCGUUGAGUCAAAAUCACCUGUGGCAAUUCCUCCCCUCCCGGAUUCUGCACAAGGUGAUAAAGUGGCGGAUUCCAUAGCUUAUUGCCCCAUUAAUAUGGGCGCCUUCAGUCCUCCCUCGCAAGCCUUCGACGCUUCCAAAGUCAUCCGUGGUGCCGUUAAUCAUCUGGAUUUGGCUGAUUAUGAGCCCUCAAUAGUUGACCCUCCGCGCUCUUCUGAACCUUCUAAACAAUCGAAGGCCAGGGCCUAUUCACGGCACAGUCAAGGAAAAACGCAUCAGUCACGCCGUUAUCACAAGCCAAGUUGUCGUCACUAUCAACCUCAGCAACAAAAAGUUGAAAACCGGAAGUAUCAACCUAGUCCCACCAAAGUCGAUCUAAUUAGUGAUGUCACCGGAGCUGAUCUUACUACAUUUCCUUCAAUCUCAACAUCCGGUGUUUUGGCUGACGCAGAAUCCCACCAAGUGAACGACGGGGUUCCGCCAAAGUCCAUUAUGCCACCACCUGCAGCACCGCUCGGUGGUAAGAACACGUAUUCCCUAGCCGAUGGCGUCAAAAAACAACUGGAAAAUUCUGAAGAACUAUCUAAAAUGAAGUCUCCCAGACAGCCCGCCAAGGCCCCGACCUCAUCUGUAACGGGUUCACCUGGGGCCCCCGUUUCUGAAAACGAGGCCUCGAAAAAUGUGAAAGUCGCCGUAACCUGUCGAGAUUGUGAAAAGUACUACCAAGCAGCCGGUUACUCGGCCGAAGAGAUCUCUAAGCGCGUACAGGAGUCGGGCAAACACAGACACCCGGCGUCUCCCCCUGGUUAUGAUGGCGGCAAUCUGCCCUCUUCGACACCCGAGGGGUUCUGGAACCUGGGAGAAAUCACUGCGUCCGCUAAUGUUGGUGCUGAAAAUGAAGCUACGAAAUCAACUGCAGACCACACGGAUCAACAGGGAAUACGCAGAUUACGCCGUCGGAGACCACUUGAUUUUCCAAAGCCUCCCUUAUAA